CACACAAUCCCACCCCCCAUCCUCCUCUAGCUCACCAUGGGCGUUUCUAGUCCUAUGUGGGAAUACUUCCACCAACUUGAAAGGUUUUAUGGAAAUAAUAAAAGCCACCGCGUUGCCAAGUGCAAGGGAUGCGUGGCUUGGCACACAAGGACACUGGAGGCAAAGGAUUCCGAGGGCAUCUCAACUGGAAGCAUUACACAACGACGCUCAGUGGAUGAACUACAUGAAGCUGCUCUUGCACUCGCAUCUGAUAUUCAAGGAACAGUAGAAAAGCUGGCUUGUCAUCUUGUGAAAUGCACACACGCUUCCGUAGAGGGGUGUGCUGAAGGACAAGCAUGGUUAGACCAGCGUUCAACAAGUCCGAUGCCUCAUGUCCAUAUAACUUCUUCUCUAUCAUUGGGGACACAAAGAACCCCGCACGCAAUCGACUAUCUGUUGAGAAGAUGGUGAAAAUCUCAUCUAUCAAACCAGACCUCAACCACCAACAUGCAGUCGAUGGUUCACAUGGGAAGAGAAUCCGUCGUUCAUUUGGACUUGCUCCUUUCGCUAGCGACCAUGACCCCUCUGGGGGCCGUUUGGAGCUCGAGCAUGGACAUCCCUCCUGCAUUCCUGAUGACAUAAACCAUGGCUACCAUCCUUUCCGUGCCCAGGACCUCACCAGUGACUACGAUGCAGAACAAUCUGAAAUGAAUUUUGCGCGGAGUCUACCAUCAAGAUCCCCCCAAGGCGUAAGUUUGCAGGGGAAAAGGGUACGAGAUAUUUUCAACUUGACGCGAGAUUCAAUGUGGAUGCAGGAGAGGAACUUAGACCUAGAUGGGAGCUUAGAGACGGUGGCAGGGUGGAAUGUUUCUG